AUGAGCGACGUCGAGCCUUCAGCUCUUUCUUCUGUCCGACCUGACUGCCAACCUCCUUCAGUCCCUUAUAAUCUGACCACCGUCGUUGAGGACGAAGAAUCCGAACACGUUCAAGUCGUUCACACUCUUGAAAUCACCCAUGGUAACUACUUUUCUCAAAUCGUUUCCACCUGUACCCUCUCGUUUCUCUUACCUGAUUUGAGUGAACUUUUCAAAUCGAUUUGAAGACUUAUUCUAUCUUAAUAGCCCUUCUAGAUCCAUUUCUAACAUUAUUUAUUUUCUAAGCACUCUUUCAAGCUCAUAAACUAAUAGAAAAACCUCAAUCGCUAGCCCAAAAUGAAUAAAUCACCGAACCUUUAGACACCUCGAUUUCAUAUCAUGAUAGAGAUGAUAAAUUUGAUCGUCUUCAUCAGCUUUAUUAUUUUUUGCAGCUGCCGCGUACACCGACGCGUCAGGCCGAGAUCCGAAACACAUAAUCGAAGACGCCAUCGAGGAGAACGGCGACGAGUUUGUCCCGCACUACGAGUACUACGAAGGAGCCGACGAGUUCCCCGUCAAACAGCCGCAGGAGCAGACAGUCGCCCUCAUAGUUGCACAACCGGCAAAGCUUCACACCAUGGCUGUGAUACCAGGUAUAUCCAUUCUCGAUUUUUAUUUGCUGAACAUAAUAAUGAAAAAAUUGAUUCUACUUGAAACUGAAGAGCUUUCUGGGAAUUUUCCGAACCAUCUCAUGUGAACUAUAGAAAUCUCAGUUUACAAAAUUCAAUUCCUUUUGGAAGCAAAAGCUUUGAAUGUCAAUUUUAUCGCUCAAUGCACAGAAAUCGACUUUUGAAACAGCGCUUCUUUAAUAAAAAGUGAAUUCCGCCGAUUCAACCCAGAUUAUCCAGCGAUUUAAUGAUGGCUGACAAAAAUUUAGGAAUCUGCGUGAGGUCGUUCAUCGACGUCGUGGCCUGCACGUUCAGCGUGUUGCUGAUCAUCUUCCAAGACGUCGUGCUCGACCUUUACUUCUACAAGAUGGCCGAAGAAUACGUCUGGGCUUUGUUCAUAGCGGCAGACUCCCUCGUCGUCUGCGGCCUUAUUAUUUCGGCUGUCGCCGCCAUCAAGUACAAUCAGAAGCAGAUGGAAGAAGUUUGUUCAGUUGGUGAGCCCGAAUUAUCUUUUAACCGACACUGAUUAACUUUUUUUUAGAUGGCCGAAUCAAGUACGCCUUCAUUGCGUGGCUUGCGUACGCCUUGCUGCUCAGCGCCAAGCUGAUCGCCUGUUUUUUCAUUUUUUACAAAGAGGUGAGAAAUUUUUUUUAAAUCCUCAUUAAGAUUUCUAUAUGAGCAUAUGUUCACUAGAUGUAGUUUUUCACGGUGAUUCCCAUUUUGGUCAUUUUUCGAAUCCGUAUUAUUCUUUUAGCCAAAAAAACCAUUACUUUUUUUGAAAAACUAUUUUUGAGCAUACUUACUGAAAAAUGACUUCAGCUGCCUCCCGUGCCCACCGACAACAACGACAAGCUUUUCGACGACCAGACUUUCAAGCUCGCUUUGUCGUUGUCCGUCCUCAUCUUCGUGUUCAUCUUCGAAACUCAUCACUACACGCCGCUCAUGUCCAACCGUCAGGUCUUCAUCUCCUACUUCCUCGUCAGCAUUUGCCUUGACCUCGUCGACAACAUCUACUUCUUAGACCUUCUGUGGCAGGCUGUGGUGAGUUUUUAUCUUUUUUUCAAUCAUAAGUAGGACCCAUUUGAUUCAGAAAGAGAGCUGGACCCUGAACUACUGGAUCGAAGUGGCCAUUCUGGCGGUCGGAUGCGUCAACUUCGUGAUGCCGGCGUUCUCUCUACUCAAACUGCGAUUUGCCCGUUUCCCGCGCUAUUUCCUAGUCAGCGACAAAGUCUGGGCUCUCAUCUACGUUCUGAUCGUGAGUUUUUCAUAAAUCUCUUUAUUGUUACUCUAUUGAAUUGUGGACGGAGUCUACGAAGAGUCCGUAAACUUUAAAAAUUCUUUUCCUUUUUUUUUUCGAUUUUUACGUUUGCAUCAAAGCUACCUUUUCCACUGUACACGUUCCACUUCAAAACCAUCAAAAAAAAAAUACGAUAUUGCCUUGAAAACUUCUGAAACCUAGAAAAAUCAAUGCAAGCCAAUGAUGUUUACAUUCAAGACAUAUCAAAAAAAAAACUCAGGAUUUCAAAGCUUCAUACUGAAACUACUUUUUUUUUCAUCAAAAUUAUAAACUCCAAGCUCAUUUGAAUCAAUUUUUUGAUGAAAUUGUGCUCGAAGUUGAAAACCUGAACAGUCUACAGCCACGUUCAUUGGCCACCCUCUUUAUCAAACUACUUCAAAAUUCUAGGUGAACGGACCGAUGCUUGGACUGAGGAUAUACCUAUACUACCACCUGGAGGUCGAACAACACGGCCAUCGCUACGACCCUUCCCUGUUCGCCGUCAAGAACAUCGCCGUGAUCUACCUGGCGAUUCGCGAGCUCUGGACCCGACUACAGUACUGGCGACUCAAAAGACGAGCCGUCGGGUCUCGAGGCGAGUUGACCGCCUUGCCGCAGAUCGACGAGGACAACUGA